GUGUGAAUUACUGAAAUGGAGAACUCUUCAAUAAGCUAUGACUAUGAGGAUUACAGCCUGGGUCCUGACGGGCGUGUAGACUGUGAGCCAGGUGGCUCUUGUGUCUCCAUGGGCCCUCUUUGGACCUCUCCCCUGCUUCUCUAUGCUGCAGUUUUCCUAGUGGGUGUGCCAGGAAAUGCAAUUGUGACCUGGGUGACUGGGGCCACAGCACGUCGGUCAGCCCCCUCCAUCUGGUUCUUGAACUUGGCCUUGGCUGAUCUGUUAUGCUGCCUAUCACUGCCCCUGAUGGCCGUUCCAAUCAUCCGUCAAGGUGACUGGCCCUUUGGCUCUGCUGCCUGCCGCCUUCUGCCCUCAGCCAUUCUGCUCAACAUGUAUGCCAGUGUCUUGCUCUUGGCUGGUGCCAGCAUUGGCCGAUGUCUGGCUGUGCUUUGGCCAAGUAGGCCCCAAGACCGUCUGUGGCCAGCAUGGGCAGGUUGUGGAGUUGCCUGGGUGCUGGCGCUACUGCUCACUCUUCCCUCAGUGUUGACCCGACGACUUCACAAGGAACACUUCCCAGAACGCUAUGAGUGCGUAGUGGACUAUGGUAGGUCCCAUGGGGUUGAAUGGACUGUGGUUGGCAUCCGUUUCAUUGGUGGCUUUCUUUGGCCAUUAGGGGUUGUGGCUGGCUGCCAUGGAGUCUUGCUGGUUCACCUGAGAGGGCAGCCAAAGCCCCAGAUCCUGCGCCUGUUGAUGUUGGUUGUGGUUGGCUUCUUCCUCUGUUGGGCACCUUACCAUGUGGUAGGGCUGGUGGUAGCUGCUGCAGCCCCUCACUCAGAUCUCCUGGCCAGUGCUCUCCAGGCUGAGCCCCUUGUUAUAGGCUUAGCCUUGGCCAAUAGCUGUCUCAACCCUACCUUAUUCCUGGUCUUAGGCCGGGCUCAGCUCCAGAGGUCCCUAUGGGCUGCCUGCCGCCUGGCUCUGGGUGAGGACAUGGAGGAGGAGGAUGCUGAUGAGCCCAGAAGUAGCAAGUCUACUAGUGAAGCAAUGGUCUCAGAGAUGGUCUAGAUUAAGGAGGAGCUUGGUUUGGAUCUUGGCUCUAUUGCUUAUUAAGUGAGUGGUCUUGAGUGAAUUCCCAUCACCUCUCAGUUUUCCCAUCUAUAAAAUGAGGGGUCUGCAAAAUGUGACCAAGCUGCACAUACCCAAUGAGGUCAAGGACAGAGGGAAAGGACCCAUAUGUACAAAAAUAUAAAUAUUCCUAUAUGUUAGCAAUUUUUGUUAUAGUAAAGAACUGGUAAAAAAAAAACUAGGCAUAUAUCAGUUGGGGAAUGGCUGAACCAGUCACGCUGUAGGACCACAAUGGGACUUUAUUGCACUAUAAGAAAUGAG